AUGCAGCCGACCAUACUGUCCAUGGAAGUGGACGAUGACGAUUCUUUUCAAAGCGAAUACCGACUACGGAUCGAAAAUCAAGUCAAAUAUCUCGUUAUCCUCCCCGGAACCUUUGACAGAGACACACUUUCAUUCCCCCUUCAGUCCCUGCCCCGCCUUCCUUACGAUAAGGAAUGGACUGUAGCCAGCAUCUCACGAGAUAAAACCAGCGGCGACUUGAAGACCUCUCUAGUCAACCGACCGCUAGCUGGUGUGGAGUAUCAAUGGCAUCACACCAAGGUUGAUUGCCUAAAAUUGGAGAAGACCAAACAGUUCACGGCAAUGGCGUUCGAAGCCCUGUCCCCUUCGACCCUCCCAACCAAUCUCGCAUCACCGGCCACCGUAAUCGUCAAAAUAGCCCGUUUCGAAUGGGAGCUGCCUCGCAUCGAACAAGAAACAAGAGCAUAUCAGCUACUUGAGGGUUACGGACUGGCCCCGCGCUUCCUCGCCCAUGUCCAUGAGAACGGACGUAUUAUGGGUUUUCUAUUAGAGAAAAUAGAGGGACGCUCUGCUUCCUUCCAGGAUCUGGUCGUCUGCGAAGCCGCUCUAGGAAAACUCCACGAAUUAGGACUUGAACAUGGGGAUGUGAACCGAUAUAACUUUCUGAUUGCGGAAGAAGGGGUGAAACUCCUCGACUUUGAGCGCCUUCGGGAGAAUGCCAGCCCCAAGUCGAAGGACAAGGAAUUGGAGAAGUUGCGUGCGGAGUUGGCCGACGAGUCGGGACGCGGCGGAGGUUUCAUUUUCCAAGGCGAUAGCAUCUACGAUUGA